AUGGAAUCCCUUCUAUCCCACUCUUUCGACUACCUAUCAUCAACAUCCCCUCAAAAGAUCCGCAAAGGCCUUCGCCAGGUCGAAGGUCUCGUAGCCCAACUAUGCCUUUCCAAGUCGUCCUUUGCCAACAAGAGACAAUCCAUGCUUCUGCUGGGAUCCUCGUCUGCCCCAGGAAAGAGAUUAUCAGAUUUACCUCUCGACCCUGCCUUUCGCGAAUUCUUCAAGCUACAGCAGAACUUUCAAUGGAACAUCGCUAUGAGACUGGUCGCCUGCUUGGAGCGACUUUUGGGCAAGGAGAGCAACGGCACUCAUGAUCUAUUGGUCAUUCAGACCCUCGAUCUUAUUCAAGGCGUUCUACUGUUGCAUCCUCCAUCGCGAGCUCUCUUCGCUCAAGAAAUAUACAUGAAUCUCUUUCUCGACCUGCUAGAUCCCUCCAAUUGUCCCGCCAUUCAAUCCUCCACCAUCAUGGCCCUCGUCACAUCCCUUCUCGAUCAAUCCCAAAACGCGCGAACAUUCGAGACCAUCGAUGGACUGUUGGUCGUAACCUCUCUCUUCAAGUCCCGCGGCACCUCUCGAGAGGUCAAACUCAAGCUGGUCGAGUUCCUGUAUUUCUACCUGAUGCCCGAAACACCAUCGCCCCGACUAUCCACCUCGACGUCCGCCACCAACACCGCAAUCCUGGGAGGUCGAGGCAAAGAAUUGAUCGCUGCGUUUGACCGACGGCGAGAGACGGUCAACGGGGCCGACAGUAAACCUGAUGGCCCUCUACAUACCAGGACGACGGAAGAGAAGCAGAAUCUUCUGGGCAAGCACUUGAGCAAUGUGCAAGAUCUCGUGGAGGAUCUGAGAGAGGGUGGGGGCGUUUUCGGCGUGGGUGCGAUAUGA